AUGCAAACUAUCAACAUCUUGUCAGAUAAGCCAAUCUCAUUACCUCAUCUUGAACCGGCACCUCAAUUAUUAAUGGUGGUUUGGUCCGACUCGGUGAAUGCUGUCUAUACCCAGCAGGAUCUACGUCAGCUUGCGCCAUCUCAGCUGAUAUCAUCGGUUACUGUCAUUUGGCGAGAUGAUGACAAUGCUCCUUCACACGAUGGCUGGGAAACAACGAUUCCUGUAGAAAUUCUCACUGGCGUGGAGCGUUUCUACGAUAUACGCUCCAUUGUGAAACAGAAGAAGAACGACGUUCUGCUGAUUGUUCCGAAGGGUCGAUGUGGGCUUGAUAUAAAAACCUUGCGAAAAGCGGUAAAUAUUUGGCGAACAGUGCCUGAUCGAAGGGUUGUAAUUCACUGUUCCGGGUCACCUAUGUUGACCGUCACUAUUAUUCAUAAGAUGAUUCUCUCGCCAUCGCUCAAUAGUGACCAAGCUGAUAACUGGUUUUGA